CGCCGCCCGCCGCGUAGUAGCGGGGCCGCGCCAGCGCCCGCCUGUUGUGUUUCUGUUGCCGCCCGCCAUCUUGUCGCCAGCGCUGCUGCCGUCGGGGCGAGCCGCCGGGCGGCGCGGCGCCUUGCGGCCCGGGCCCGCGCUACCGGGGAGGAGGAGGAAGAGGAAGAAGAGGAGGAGGCGGCCGGGGCCCCCGCCAUGAGCAUCGAGACGCUGCUGGAGGCGGCGCGGUUCUUGGAGUGGCAGGCGCAGCAGACCGCACGUGAGGAGAAUGAGAAGCACGAGAAGCUCCGCCUGGAGAGAGAGCAGGAGCAGAAGAAGGCCGGCAAGACCAGCGUGCCACGGGCCAACAGUGCCAUCGUCCCUGAGGAGCCCCGGAGCGAACUGCUGGUGCCCAUCUCCUCCCCGGCCCCGGCCCCCCCGCCGCCCCUGCCCCUGGCAGCCCCCAUCUCCGUCAUUCCCAUCCCUGUUGUCACCAGUCCCCCCCAGCAAGCUGCCCAGACCACCCUGUCCCCGCCGCUCGUGCAACGCCACCAGCCCCUCGUAAGCACUCCUGCUGUCACUAAGGAAGCAUCUUCGGUCGCGCCGGUCAUCCAGAGGCCGCCGGGCCCGCUUCUGCCGGAUGGGAAAGCUGCUACCCCCCCGUCGGGCAGCCCGAAGCAGCUCCAGCAUUAUGCGGCGCCGGUCCUGGCCAUCUCCCAGCACCAUGUGGUCCAGCAGCCCAUCCAGCCCCAGCCACACCAGCCCCUGCAGCACCCGGGAGCAGCCCCGCCGCUCGGGGCUCUGAAGCUGGCUCCAGCAGAAGAUACGAAACCAAACGAGCAGAAGAAGAGACCUGGAGGGGUUGGGACCAGGGAAGUACAUAAUAAAUUGGAGAAGAACAGACGUGCGCAUUUGAAAGAAUGCUUUGAGACAUUAAAGCGCAACAUCCCCAACGUAGACGACAAGAAGACCUCAAACCUCAGCGUCCUAAGGAGUGCCUUGCGAUACAUCCAGACUUUAAAGAGGAAGGAAAAAGAAUAUGAACAUGAGAUGGAGCGGCUGGCAAGAGAGAAGAUUGCUACCCAGCAGCGACUGGCAGAAUUGAAGAACGAGUUGAGCCAGUGGAUGGACAUCUUGGAGAUCGACAGAAUUAUUCGACAGACAGUUCAGCCAGAGGAUGACCAGGCAUCUACCUCGACAGCAUCAGAGGGUGAAGACAACAUGGAUGAAGACAUGGAAGAUGACAGGCCAGUGAACUCAUUACCAAAACUAACCCAGCGCCAGCACCCAGAGCUCCUGAAAGCCGUCCCUUCGAACGCUGCUCCCCACCACCCGGCGGUUCUGCCUCAGCACCUCUCCAUCCAGCAGAAACAAACCCCAGCCCACGCACAGCCUCCCAUCCAGACACAAGCACUGGUCCAGCCGCAGGCGAUCGUCCCCGCACAGACUCACAUCGUGGCGGCUUCCACAGUGCAAUCGACUGUUAUUGCCCACACCGCCACUACCCACGCUUCGGUCAUUCAGACUGUCAACCACGUCAUUCAGGGUCCACAGACCAAGCACAUUGCUCACAUUGCACCUUCCACGUCCAGCCCUGUGCAACUUACCACUGCUGCUCAGCCUAUCGGCCACAUCACUGUGCACCCCGCCACCAUCAACCACAUGGCCCACCUUGGCCAGCAGCUGCCCAUCUACCCUCAGCCCGUGGCCGUCAGCCAGCCUGUGGUGAGCCACAUUGCUCACACCAUCUCGCACCAGCAAGUGAAUGGAACCACAAACCUUGGCCAGCAAGCGGUGAUGGCCAAGCCUGCUGUAGGAACCCAAGUUGUCCAUCACCCGCAGUUAGUUGGGCAGACGGUCCUAAAUCCGGUGACUAUGGUAACCAUGCCAUCAUUCCCAGUGAGCACACUGAAGCUGGCCUAGAGGGGAUCGUCCGAGGGCGAGGUCUUUGUUGGGAACCUUUCCUAAGCUCCAUACAUUCCAACCACGUCUGACUCCGCGGGAGGGAGGUGCAGAAAACGCCGAGUGGCAGGACGCCGGGCUGGGCUGUCCUCAGCUGCCCAGUCACCCCCUGCCGCUGGCAGCCAGAGACGGGGCCUCUCCGCACUUGAAUUUUGCUAAUCCGAGGAAACUUCAAAGACAGUUGUUCAUGGUGAUUUUUUUUCCUUUUAUGUGUAAUCAGUGGAAUAUGGAUAUGAUGUUCUUAAGACUUUAAUUUUCCCCUUUUAUGUGUUGCUUCUUUGUAGAAUAAAAAUUGCUGAUCUCUUUAUUGAGACACUGCGUAGAAUGGGAAAAAAACAUAGAAGUCUAUAUUUAUAUAUAUGUGUGUAUGUGUGUGUAUAUAUAUGUAUAUACAUAUAUAUAUAAAUAUAACAUUUGAAGAAGGCCUUUUGUAAGGUUGAUUAUUUUGCAGGAUUAUUAGACAAAAUUCAUUUUUGGAGGAAGAAGACAGAGUGUCCUCUCUAAACAAGAAACUUUAAGAUAGAUGGUUUGGUGGACCAGGGUACAUACACGGUGACAAAAAAAAAAAAAAGUUAAAUCAUGUUAAAGGUAUUUCCCGUCAGUAUAUUACAUUUCAGAAAACCAUCUAAAAUCACUGUGACUUGUUAUGGCAUUUUAAGGAAAUUCUCUGUCCUGUCUAAUAAAAGGAAAAAGAAUACACAACCAGA